AUGGAUGUUCAGGCCUGUGUGGUGUUCAGCGCCGGGGUUCUGAUCCGGUUAAUGUUGUUGUGUUUCGGUGUUUAUCAGGAUCAGAAUCUGCAGGUGAAAUACACUGACGUGGACUAUCACGUGUUCACUGAUGCCUCGAAAUUCAUCACACAGGGUCACAGUCCGUACAACAGAUCCACGUUCCGCUACACGCCGCUGCUGGCCCUCAUUCUGACCCCAAACAUCCUCGUGACCUCUUACUUCGGGAAGAUUCUGUUCGUGGGCUGUGAUGUUCUGUGUGGACUGCUCAUCUUCAGACUGUCGUCUCUUCGUGGGGUGUCCCGGAGCUCCGCGUGGGUUUACUGCGGCCUGUGGCUGUUUAACCCGCUCCCGAUCGGUGUGUCCACGCGUGGAAACGCAGAAUCUCUGCUGGCGGUUCUGGUACUGUCCACGCUCUUGUGUCUGGAGUGUAAGAGACUGCCGUCCGCAGCUCUUCUGUUCGGAUUAUCCGUCCAUAUGAAGAUCUACCCGGUCACGUACGCGCUCCCCAUCGCUCUUUCUCUGUGGAAACCCGCGUCCCGGCGCCGCGGCGUCAUGCAUAACGUUCUCGCGUGCUUCAGCGGUGAUUUGCUCCUGUUUGCUGCCGUUUCCGGAUCGUUGUUCUUCGCUCUGAGUGUGACUUUCUACAUCAUUUACGGUUGGGAUUUCGUGCACGAGUCGUAUCUGUACCACGUGACCCGCAGAGACACACGUCAUAACUUCUCUCCGUAUUUCUACAUGUUGUACGUGACGUCAGAGCGCAGCUGGAGCGGCGGUCUCGCGCUGCUCUGUUUCCUGCCGCAGCUGCUGCUGCUGCUCGUUUCGUCGCUGAUGUUUCACUCGGAUCUUCCCUUCUGCUGUUUCCUUCACACCGCCGUGUUUGUCAGCUUCAACAAAGUGUGCACAUCCCAGUAUUUUCUCUGGUAUCUGUGUUUGCUGCCGCUGGUCUUGCCACGUUUGACCUUCAGUGUGAGACGAGGCGUCGGGCUUCUGCUCUUGUGGUUUGUGGGACAGGCUCUGUGGUUGGCUCCAGCAUAUUAUUUGGAGUUCGAGGGCUGGAAUGCUUUCGCUCUCGUUUGGAUCGCCGGUCUGAUGUUUCUCCUCAUCAACUCUCUCAUUCUGGCUCAGAUCGUCUCCCAUUACAGACCCGUAGAUGUGCAGCAAAAGAAAAUCCACUGAAAGUGUCAGAAAUUGUGAUUGUGUGUGUUUCACGUCUGAUGAAUGACACGCGUGUCGUGAAGUGUACAGCGAGGGCACACAUGUUCUGGUGGAUUGUGUAGAUACCUCAGAGGAGCAGCAGAUGUCGCUCUCAGUUAAAGUUGAGCUCUGUCUCAAUGAUCAUCAUCACAUGUUGUUUGGUGAAUGAUUGUUUCAGGGGUGAUUAUGAAUGUCAGUUUAUUUUAUAAUAUAUAUAUUUUACAUCAUUAUACAUGUUUUAUAUAAUUCUGUUAUAUCAAAUUAUUCUGUGCUCUAUUAAAGCUGUAACCUUUAAAGAUGAGGUAACACACACGGUUUCUGCCAAUUUCAUAUUAAUCCUGAGUGUCUAUACAGUAGUAUUGCAUAUGUCAUAUUUUGGAAGAUUAUUUCGUUUGAUCACAUUUAUAAAAGACAGAUACAGCUGUAGGAUUAUUUCUGGAAAAAGAGGAAAUCUUGGUGGUGUGCGGAGGGGACUACAGCAUGAGCACACAACCCAUCAUGGCAUUAUCACUGCAUAACUGAUUCACUAUAAGUUGGUGUGUUUCCAAUAUGCACGCACACGCUGACUUAGUUUGACCUACCGCUUGUCCGUCACGUCCAGUUUCAAACCAUCUCCAAAUCCAGCAUACAAAAACAGCUCAACUUCUGUCAGUCCAGUGAAGCCACAUUGAUGUCACCCCCACUCUUACCUUUGUCAUCAUCCCUUCUUAGAAACCUCAAACUGAAGAUUGAUUGACGCACUGCUGUCAUAAAUCAUUAUUCUCAGUUUGCCAUUGUGAGACGUCUUUGAUCAAGAAGUGAUUUAUGUUUAUUUGGAGAGAUAUGUGAAGUUAAGGAUUGCAGCGUAUGGUGGUUUGUGUUUGUGCAGACAUUUAUACUUGUGCUCUUGGCAGACACUUACAGUACAUUAUACUAGAUUAAUAGUUGAACGAGUUGCAUCAACUCCUACACACUCGAGUGACUUUAUUUCUGCACUAUUAUCUGUGUAGAUGCAGUGUGUUUAUGGACAUUUCAAGUAGGAUGAAACAAAUCUUUGACAUCAGAAUCAUAAAACAAGGAUUAAGUGGACUGUUGUUUGUUAUGUACAAGAAUGAUUUAUUUUUAAUAAAUAUGACAGAAAAACACA